AAGAGGGCAAUGGCAAACGAUUUCCCCAGCUCAGCACAUGGCAGCCGGUAAACAAGUGGAGAACCUUUUUAAUUAUUUACUUUGUUAUUAACUAUCAAUUAAACAUAAUAAUAAUAAUUAAACAACGGUGGGACGGUUGUUAAAAUCGAUCUCACUCAGCCAUGGCAAAUCUGUUGUAACUGGUUGUAAUUAGUCAUAUUGUAUGGCAACUACCUGUUGAGGUUGAGGGGUCAAACCUCUUUACAGUAUGUUUAUCAAAUAAUCAGCAAUCAUGGCAAAAAAAAAUUGGACACAACUAUCACUCAGCCCUCUGUUAAUGAAAGUUUCUAAUUAGAGUAGAUAAAAAAACAGGUGUUUUGAUACCAUUAUUACAGAUUCCAGAACUUAACAAGGGACAUGUAAAGAUGAAAAAUAAAAAUGAUGUUUUGAAAAAAAUUCAAUUGUUGGUUGAUUCGGGGCCUGAGAAACUUCAGGUCAUUACUGAUUUCGAUCGGACGAUAACGAAACACAACUCGCCCAGCAGUUAUGCAAUAUAUAAACUUAUACCGACCCUUUCAAAAGAGUUCCUCGAUGCUACCGAUUCCUUAUACAAAAAGUUUAGGGUCAUCGAAGAAAAUCCCAAAAUGUCCAGAGAAGAAAAACUCCCUCAUAUGAUAGAGUGGUGGGAAUCAAAUGAAAAAUGGUUCAUUGGUUUACCAUACAAUAUAAAAGAUAUUGAUAAUGCAGCAAAAGACUCAAAAGUUAAACUCAGGCUAGGAACAGAGACUGUGUUUUACAAAAUGAACAAACAUGAGAUACCAGUUCUUGUGUUUUCCGCUGGCUUGGGCGAUAUGGUUUCAGCGAUUAUAAAAGAGUACAAUCUUGAUUAUGACAAAGUCAAGGUUAUAUCUAACUUUUUCAAAGUCGAAAAUGAAAAAGUCAUUGGAUUUCAGGGGCAGACGUUGCACAUUUAUAAUAAAAACCAACAUGCAAUUGAAAAUACAGAUUAUUUUAAAGAACUGUCACAUAGAGAAAAUGCUAUAGUUAUGGGGGAUUCUUUAGGCGAUGCCAAUAUGGCUGAAGGAGUACAAGGAAAUGGCACUAUAUUGAAAAUAGGCUUUCUUAGUCACCAUGUCGAGGAUUAUUUAUCUCAAUACCUGGAUCUUUUUGAUAUCGUGUUGGUAAAAGACGAAACAUUUGACAUUUUUAAUACAAUUCUUGACAAAAUUUUAGGAGAUUAAUUGUAUAUUUUGUACAUUUAAAUAUAAUCAUGAUUUCGAUA